UUCGUCGUUCUCCGCCCUCUCCGCUUUCUUCUUCUUCCUCUCCGUCGUCUCUCGCUCUCCCUUCUUCGAACGUCACGAGACCUCCGAAAUAUAAAGCUAAACAAAUCCCUAUCCCUCCCUCUCUCUCUCGUGACGACAUCGAGAGCACGCCGCGACUUUAAUUUAUCGAUCUAUUUGUCUAUAUAUACAUAUAGUUGAAGAUGGCUUCGUCCUCAACCCCAACUGUGCCGCCCGUUGCGUCCGGCAUUUCGUCGAGCAGCCGCGAUGCACUCCGAGGCGUGUGACCCCCAGGAGCCCCAGUCGCCCACGGGGCGCCGGAUCCUCGACUUCGAGUUCCGCAACUCGCUCCCCCGCGUCCGCACCCCCUCCCUCUCCUCCGCUGCCCCUGAUCCCUCCCCGAGAUCCCCCGCCCUGUCCUCCCCUCCCGUCAUGGGCAGCGAGGCGCGAUCCGCGGUCAAGAUCGUCAAGGGGGAAUUCGGGUACGUCCUCGAGGACGUGCCCCAUCUGACCGACUACCUCCCCGACCUCCCCGCAUACCUUAAUCCACUCCAAGAUAAUCCGGCUUAUUCAGUUGUCAAGCAAUACUUUGUUGAUCACGAUGAUACUGUUCCUGAGAAGAUUGUUGUCCAGAGAGAUAGCCCAAGGGGCCUCCAUUUUCGGCGUGCUGGGCCUCGCCAAAGGGUGUACUUUGAGUCAGAUGAUGUCCAUGCUUGCAUUGUAACAUGUGGAGGUCUUUGCCCAGGGCUUAACACUGUAAUUCGGGAAAUUGUAUGUGGCUUGACACACAUGUAUGGUGUCAACAAAAUAAUUGGUAUUGAGGGUGGAUACAGGGGAUUCUAUGCUCGCAACACCAUACAAUUAACACCAAAGAGCGUGAAUGAUAUUCAUAAACGUGGUGGCACAGUCCUUGGUACAUCACGAGGAGGCCAUGAUACUUUAAAGAUAGUGGACAACAUUCAGGAUCGUGGGAUUAAUCAGGUUUAUAUCAUUGGAGGUGAUGGGACACAAAAGGGAGCAGCUGCUAUAUUUGAGGAAAUUCGAAGGCGUCGUCUCAAAGUUUCUGUCGCUGGGAUUCCUAAGACAAUAGACAAUGACAUUGCGGUUAUUGACAAGUCCUUUGGUUUUGAUACUGCUGUUGAAGAGGCUCAGCGUGCAAUUAAUGCUGCACAUGUUGAGGCUGGGAGUGUUGAAAAUGGCAUAGGCGUUGUAAAACUAAUGGGCCGCUAUAGUGGGUUCCUUGCAAUGUAUGCUACUCUUGCAAGCCGAGAUGUGGACUGCUGCUUAAUUCCAGAAUCACCAUUUUAUCUGGAAGGAAAAGGUGGUCUUUUUGAAUACAUGGAGAAGCAGCUAAAAGAAAAUGGACACAUGGUUAUUGUUGUUGCCGAGGGGGCAGGGCAAGAUCUAAUUGCUGAAAGUAUGAGGUCAAUGAAUCAUGAAGAUGCUUCUGGAAACAAGUUACUCCUUGAUGUUGGGCUAUGGUUAUCUCAGAGGAUAAAAAAUUAUUUCACAAGCAGACAAAAGAUGGUCAUAAAUCUUAAAUAUAUAGAUCCAACAUACAUGAUUCGGGCAAUUCCAAGCAACGCAUCCGACAAUGUUUACUGCACGCUUCUGGCACAGUGUGCGGUGCAUGGGGCAAUGGCUGGAUAUACAGGUUUCACAGUGGGGCUGGUAAAUGGAAGACACACAUACAUACCAUUUGAUAGGGUGACAGAAACAAGAAACACGGUUGUCAUAACCGACAGAAUGUGGGCAAGGCUGCUGUCUUCAACCAAUCAACCGAGCUUUUUGAGCUCUAAAGACGUCGAGGAAGCAAAAAUGAUGGAGGAGAUACCGAAGCAGACAGCGGAUGAGGAAAAAGGCAUGGAAAAUGGUUCUACUUAGAAUGGGGCUUUGCUUAACUGCAUGACAAACUAUAAGCAGUUUGAGGUGUAACAAUAGAGUGUGGCGGCGUUACUAAGUGAUGUUUUUGUCUUGGGGUAUCAAAUAAGCGUUUGGAUCGUGGUCAGUGUGAUUGUUACUUUAAAUAAUGUAAGCAUUCGGACAACGAGUUUAAUUGUUCGA